AAAUCCAUGACCUGGAAGUACCUUUUUAGUGUUGCUGUCGAGACACUGGAUCUAGCAACCUCUAUACAAAACGGUUUUAUUUAUCUUAGCUAACUAGGGUAUUGUUAGCUUGAGUACAUUUGUCAACUUUUUUAUUUACGUUGCAAUCGCUUUAAUAUAACGUAUAUUCUAGGCUUGGUCGCACUAUCUAACGUUAACAUCAAACUUUUUAGCUAGCUUGUUUCGAGGGCUUUUUGCUUUGCAAACUAGCCAUGGAUAACAUUAUUGAUCCAACAUCAGAACAAGGUCUCCCUCUGUUCUCCUUGCGUCUCCUGGUUCCACCUCUACGCCUGAUGUGCGCUUUCAUGUGGCAAGUGACUCAACAGCGUAAUGUGAUGCAGUAUGGAAAGCUGGAGGAAUUUGUGACUUUGGUGACAGAGAUGGUUCCAGAGCUGCUGAACUCCAGGCAGAGGACCCAACUCAUCCUGGGACUGAGAGCAAGGAUGGUUUUAGAGUUGUGUCGCAGUAAGGGCACAGCUGACCUGCUGACCAUCCAGGCCCACCUGGACAUAAUCCACACAUUGACAGAAACAUCUUUACACAAAGAGAGUCAUGGUGAUGAAUUGGAGGCUUCAGAUUCUAACUUUGUGGAGCUAGUCCAAACCCUGCUGGAAGACCCUUCUGAGAGGGAGCAUUUCUUCCAGGAGGUGUUCCCAGUCCACUAUGGCCCUCGGUAUGACACAGCGCUGCAGACACUGGUGUGGGAGUUCCUCUCCAGACUGGAGGAGCUGCUGCCUAUACCAGACCUCACGCAGACAACAGCAUGGCUCGGUGCUGCCCCCUCUGUCCUGGAGGAAUGUGGGCAGACUGUCUUUGACCCUGAACAACUGAAGACAGUGUUGCAGCACCAUCAGCGUCAUGGAAACCUGAACAAUAGUCAUGUCUCUAAUUACACCACAGAUACCAUCCUGUCCACACUGUCCCUCCCUCCAAUAAUCAGAGUUGUUAUUAACUACGAACCAGACAACUCUGACAAUGUGAGGCCAUUCUCAGAUGACGAUGAAGACCACAAUGAAAUCCUGGAUGAAGGCACUGGUAGAUGUUUGGAGGAUCUAGGACUGUCAACAUCACAGGAACAGGAGGGUCUGUCACCUGCAGAGACCUCAGAGUUGGUUACUCCAGGACCCUGUGAUGGUAAGGAAAAUAAAAAAGAAUUGAACUUGGAUCAUUCUCUCAACGUGAUGGUGAAUGCUGACGAGCCAUCCCAGGUUCUUACCUGCACUCUGCCGCCAUUCUCUCACAGUGAAAUGGCCAACCUCUGCAAGACCGACCAAGUAGAAAAGGACAGAAAGCAGGUUGACAAGAAAGAAGAGGUGGUCAGAAAAGGGGACAAAAAGAAUGUGAUCAAACCGGUUGACAAGAAAAAAGAGGGAUCCCCUGCACCCCAAAACAGGACUCAUACAUGUGAGUGUGGGAAGGUUUUCAAAAAACCAUCACUGUUGACGCUACAUAUGGGAGUUCACACGAUGCCACAUCAUUGUGACCAGUGUCCCAAACGAUAUGCUACUCCUGGGGCACUGAAAAAGCACCAGCUACUUCACACAGAAGAAAGACCAUUCGCAUGUGAACACUGUGACCGGAGGUACAGGAGUGCUUAUGAUCUCAAAGUGCAUGUACGCAUUCACUCUGGGGAGCGCCGUCACAUGUGUACUAUUUGUAAGAAGAGGUUUGCCCAUCCAAGUACACUAGUGAGACACACGCGAAUGCAUGCUGGGGAGAAGAAUUAUUUAUGUAGCAUAUGUGGUAAGGCAUUCCUUAGCUCAGGAGAAGUGCGACUGCAUACACGAACGCACACAGGAGAAAACCCCCACACCUGUAAACAUUGUGGAAAGGGUUUCAAAGCAUCUUGCCAUCUUACGGUUCAUCUGCGAUCUCACACAGGCGAGCGUCCUUACACCUGCACCCAAUGCCCCAAAUCUUUCACUACCUCAGACUCUCUUAGAACGCACAUAUAUAUUCACACUGGGGAGAAACCUCACCAAUGCUCAGAGUGUGGGAAAACAUUUACUCAAAGGUGUAAUAUGGUAAAUCAUAUGAGAAGAAUUCACCGGUUAAGAUUCUCCAAAAGCAGUCCAACAGAAAGAAACACAAAGUCUCGUAAAAAUGCUUUGAGUUCGAAAGAAACUAUGUAAUAGGUCAUUCCAAUCAGAAUAUUGAUUGGAAUUAUUGAGACAAGAAAUUCCAUGUAUAAUCCUGUUUUAAAUACAUGGUUUUACAGGUCCUCUUUUGUAUAUCAGAUUAUCAUAUCAAAAUAUGUUUUUUAAUAAACUUCAAAUCAAGGUU